CAAAAGAGAAGGGAGGGAAAUUAAAAUUAGAUUUUAAAAAAAGUAUUAUCCUGAGGCUGUACAAACACUGGGAAAAGCAAACAAACAAAAAAACCCACUCGACAUGACCCCAAGUAACCCAUUAUAAGUUUUCCCUGCUUUGGACUAGAGGUCAGACCAGCAACAUUCAAAGUUUGUCCCACUCUUUGUUACCUCAUGUUUCUCUAGUUCCCCGAAGAGCACUCCUUCCUCAGCCCCUAUGUCCCUGUAUUUCUUCACAACUACAGCCAUGGUGCCAGGCUUUGUGCAAGAUACAGAGGUGGAUGCAGCAGAACAUGCGUUGUACUCCCAGGAAAAGGCACUUUAUCAAUGUGAAGAGCAACAGCAAACGCUAGGGAACACAGUCUGAGGGCCUGUGGAGCAUGAGAGACUUGUACAAGCAGGUGUGAUUUACCCUUUUAGGAUUAACUGCUACUGGCAUGGCCUUGAGCACAUUAGUGUGCCCUAAUGGCUCAGCAUCCCCUGGCACCAACUCCACCUGGGACCUUCAGUUAGUUCAAUCCAUGCAUCCAUGAAGUCCCAGCUCAGCCCUGGGCCUUUAGUCCUGACCUGAAAUACUUGCAUGGGUACUGGGCUCCAGUCCUGUCUAUGGCCUUGCUUUCUGGAUGGAUCUUAUACCUAUACUGUAGGUAGUUUGUCUCCUAGAUUGACCACUCAGAUCCAUGUUGUAGCUUAUCUCCAGACCUGUCUCUUGCCUUUUGUCCUUUUGUCCAGUAUCCUGGACCUGGUUAAUCAACCAGGUUUGCUUUGCCUAGGGGUGUCGCCAACACUCAGCUGUCUGCUGUGCUCAGCCCUUGCAACACAGAGCCCCUUUGGUGAGGGGACUGUUUUCUUGACUGAGCUCCUGACUUGCCUGCCCUUAAGGAGCAGCCAGCCUUUGCUUCUCCCAGAGAUGUAGCUCAUUCUCAAGUCCUGCACAGUGCUGUGUGCUCUCCCUCUCCGGAGCGCAGUAUUUGGAUGUUGACCUCAGCUCUGCUUCCAACUUUUAUCUUCUCAGAGUUUCUCUUGCAUCUUUCUUAGAAACAGAUCCCACUUCAGAGUGAUUUAGAAAACCCUUGUUUUAUAGCCUUGAAGACACCAUUGACUGGAAUAUUUGAGCUAAAGUUACAACAGAGUUGUCUGUUAUUUGCUGAGUUGCAGAUAAGCUGUCCUGUUGACACACUGCUUCUUUGAAAGAAAUACCAUAUGCAUUCGUCUGGCACAGCCUAGUGGAGCCUGCUAUGCAGAGGAGCAGGGGAGGACUUUCUCUCCAUGCCCCACGGGGCUCAUGUUCCCUCUGCAUUGGGCAAUCCUGUUGUGAGCAGUAGUCCAAGCAGCAGCUCGCCAGCCAGCCCUGGCACAGGCACCCCAAGGCCUUUCAUUUCUCACCUCAAAUGGCCUCUGACACAAGGUGGCUCAUGGGAGCCCCUAAGUCACCCACUUCCCUCCCCUGCCUACACAGAACGGAAGCAUAGCCAUUCUGCCUGGGGUCCUUCUUCUCAGGGUAACCUGGGCCUUCCUCCACCUAUGGACUUGGAAUUGCUGCUUUUAUGCUCCUCUCAAACUAAAGCAGGCUAGGGGCAAGGGGAUUGGGAUGUUCAGACUUCCACUCUCUAACCAAGCAAGAAGGGGUGAGAUGUAAGGGUGCAGAUGGAAUUCGAUCCAAGGAGCCCUUACCUCAGAGAGGGCUGGAUGCCAGUGUCCAUCCAGACCUGCAAGUUGCAUUACUUGACACGGGUUCCUGCAGUAUGGAAAGUUCAGUGGGAGCCCCAGCUUGAUGGCUUGGUUUGCACACCGGGUUUAAAGCUGUGACAAGAAGACAAUAGAUCUGGUCUAUACACUGCUGAAAACAGUGCCUGUCUGCCAGGAGAAGAAAGCAGAAGGGCCAUAUCUUUACACUCUUAGAAUUGGCUUGACAAAGUGAUGGAAUUGUCUGCACCUUCUGGCCUAAAAAGCAGCUCUCCCAAACCACCUGUUUUGAGAGCAUUUUGCCACAGGGAGCAACCCUUGGUCAACAUUACUGGGGCUGGGGGCUCUGAAGGGCCUUGCCAGGCCAAAGACAGGGUUUUGGAAGGAGAAUGGAAAAGGGAACCACAGACACCUGUUUGUCACCUGGAGCCAUGCCCUCUGCUUAGACCAUGCAGAUUGUGGUGCCUUGGGACAUUCUGUAUGCAAUAACUUCUGGCUGCUGGACACUGGCUCCAGCCCAAUGACUUAACUCAUUGAUCCUGAAACCUGCUAGUGGAGAGUUAGCAAGCAGGAAGGUCUCUUGAAGAUGUGUACUUAUUUUUCCAAGGUCACCUUUGGAACUGGACAAAUGGAAACCUAACCUCCCCUCCCUUGAUAGUCUGUGUCCUUAAAAAGCUGGCUCUCUCCACUUGAGUUUGAUCAUGGCUCUCCAGAAAUUGCUCCAAGUGGGCAAUUCACAUGUAGUGUUUGUGUAGCUGAAAGAGUCAAUAACUGAAAUCCCUCCUUAUGGAGGGGAUUAUUUUGUACUUCUCUGGAUGGAAGGGCAUGACUUCCUCCCUCCAGUGAGCUUACUUAUGCUGUCAUGGGAUCUGAAAGCUGCUUGAGUCACAGUCUGUAAGUGUCUCCUAGUACCUCUACAAAUAACAACUGUGACCACAAGUGGGUGCAGUGCCUAUAAAGUCACCAUGCAAAGCUUGGCAUGGGAGGCUGCAUCACUGAGUUCCUGCUCUCUGCUCAGCUGUGCUUUUGUGAUGGGGCUUCGGGCUGGGACACGCCUGCUCCGCAGGAACCUUGUCCUUCUGCCUGUGGUGAUGGUGAUGCUUCUCCUCUGUGUGAGUGCAGGUCCAGCAGUACCCACUGCCAGCUCCCGGACUGCUGCUUUUGCAGGUUUCCCCGCAGACUGCAGCCAUCUCCGCAAGACCAGCCCCAGUGGGGUGUAUGUCAUCCAGCCGGCAAAGUCUCCCCCACGGGUGGUGUGGUGUGACAUGGACACCGAAGGCAAGGGAUGGACUGUUGUCCAGAGAAACUCUCAUGACACUGAGCUCACUUGGAAGCAGUCCUGGACCACCUACAAGUAUGGCUUCGGGAAUGUGCAGGGUGAUCACUGGCUGGGCACCGAGUACCUGCACCUGCUCACACAGCAAGGCACCUACAAGGUCCGCUUCGUUGUGCGGAAUAAAGCCAAUGUUACCCAUUAUGCUGAAUAUGACAUCUUCAGUGUGGAGAGCGAGGCCACUGGAUACCCACUGAGGCUGGGUCGGUUUUCUGGUGAUGGGGAUGACUAUCUGACCAGCUACUACCCCAAGAAGGGGGGAAUACACGACAACAUGAAGUUCAGCACAACCGACAGAGAUCAGGACCAGUACAGUGGGAACUGUGCCAGCAGCUACGGGGGCUGGUGGUAUGACAGAUGCCAGAAUGUCCUGCUCAAUGCCAAAAACCACAUCCUCUGGCCAGGAUUCUGCGAUAGUGGUGACUGUGCAUCCUCCCUUAUCCUGGUCAAACCCACAGAUGUGUGUUAUCUGUAUUGAAGGGGCCAGCCUCCCAGGAGGCUGCAGGAGUGCCAGCAGUCCAGUGCCCUCUUCCUGUGCCUGCCAGCAGCUCUGUGCCAGCCCUCAUGCUUGUCCUGCACUGCCUGCAGCUCCUGCACUGUAAUCAGAUGAAACACCACAACUCUGGGGCUCAGGAGCCAUCCCCUGGAGCCCUGAGCAUGUGGGCAGCUUUACCCAGUGCUACUGUGCUGGCCAGCAUUGAAACAGGGGCACUGGUUUGGGGUGGAUGAAGGGGAGAAGUGCAAGUUCCAUUCCCUGUGCAAUCGGUAUAUCCCUGCUUUGCUCAGACCCUGCUCACUCCUCAGGCCCCAUCAGCCCCUCAGCUCUGCUAACCAUGGUGAAAGAAAUCAGCUACAAUAAACCCUGGAGCCAGACUUCACUGCCUUCUGUCUCCCUGUUGCGUCAGAAAUGUGCAUAAGUGUGCGUGUGGCGAUGGUUUUGUCUAGUCCUUCAGUAUGGUGGACCUGGGGGAUAGUGGGUUCAUUAUGCACAUGUAUUGCCAUAGAUCCCCUCCUAGGCAAGGACAUACACCUGCCUAAGGGAUUCCAAAUUUCCCUGGAACAUGGAGAGCACACGUUCCCCAGGGCUAGCAUGGUGGCUGCUCAUUUCAAGAUGAUUUUUUCAGGCAGUGCUGGGCCAGGUCAGCUGUGGAGCUGAUUUUCCUCCUCAGCUGAGCCAGUGAAGAGGUGGUGUACUUUGCAGAGCUUUUGUGUUGAUGUUUCUCUUUUUAUGAAAUGCUUGAAUGUUCCUUAGUGAAAGGCCUGAUGGCAAUU